UUCAUGUGGAUAUUUUAAAUAAUAUUCAUAAACAAGUUUUAGAUUAUUUUACGCUGGAAAAUUUGGGAAUUAAAUUAUUAGGGCCAAUAGUAUCUCAUGAUGAUAUGAGAGUUGAGGAAAUAUUAAAUAGUACCACAAUAAGAAAAGAGUCCCAAUACGAAACUGGCCUUCUAUGGAAUCGGGAUGUGUUUGAAACCAAGGAUAGUUAUCCUAUGGCAUUAAAGCGACUGCAGAAUAUGGAAGCCAAAAUGGAUAAGGAUAAAAGUUUAACUCAAUGGUAUAUGGCUAAGAUAAAUGAUGGAAGCUGCAAUGAAAAAUAAUCGUACCUGGUACUUGCCCCAUUUUGUUGUAACGAAUGUAAAUAAAGAAAACAAAAGACGCCUAGUUUUUUUUAAUUCGAGGUUAAUGAAAGGACCCGUAAAGUAUCAACCUAAGUCGCUGUUGUCUAUAUUAUUUCGAUUUCGCCAGGGUAAAAUAGGAGUUUGUGCCGAGAAGAAGAGAAGAUAGCUCAGAUUUUUCUCUGGCGAGAUGGGCAGUCUGAUAGGCCGCCUGAUGGAUAUGUUAUGCAGGUUAUGAUAUUUGGUUCGGUCAGCUCUCCUUGUUUAGCGCAAUAUGUUAAUGCUGAAAUAUACAAAGAUACUCAUCCCAAGGCUAAUAAGGCAAUAGUUGAUAACCAUUACGUGGAUGAUUACGUCGAUAGUUUUGACGAUAUGAAUGAAGCCAUUAGUGUUAUCAGGGAUGUAGUUUAUAUUCAUAACCAAGCAGGAUUCGAACUGAGAGGUUUCGUGUCAAAUUCAAAGAAGCUUUUAACUGCAAUAAAUGAUAGCGAAUAUAUAAAUGACGAUCAAAGUUUGACAAAUUUAUGCGAUAACGAAACUACAUCUGGGAAAAUUUUGGGGAGGCAAUCUGAUGAUAGUUUUUGCUUUGUCCUGAAGUUUGCAAGAGUACCAAAAGAAGUAUUAAAUGGGGAUCGGAAAGUGUUGAGCCUUACAAUUCUUUCUACAGGAGUUGUGGAGGAGCAAAAUUGUGUGGGAUUUGCCCAUUCCUGAUGAGAUUUAUGCAAAAUGGUACGUAUGGUACAGAAGCUUAUAUGAUAUAUGUGAAGUGAAAAUAUCCAGGUGUUAUGGGAGAAAUCUCUUUAGUACGAAGACAGUGGUUGAUCUACAUAUUUUUGCGGACGCUAGUCAAGUAGCCUAUGCCACCGUUGCCUAUUGGAGGUUGUGUCACCAUGGUGAUGUUGACGGUGUUUUUGUUGCAGGCAAGUCGAGAUAUGCGCCACUAAAGCCGCUUUCCAUUCCACGCCUUGAGCUGCAGGCGGCACUUCUCGGGGUAAGAUUGAAAGAGUCAAUAAUAUCCUGUCACGACAAAAGGCUAAUGAACGUCAUAUUUUGGUAGACUCCAAAAAGGUAUUGAAAUGGAUUCAGUCUGACAGGGCCUAUAAACAGUUCGUCGCCCACCGUAUCUGUGAUACUGUAUCGCAGAUGAGGUGGAACAACGGCGUUGGUUGCCUGGAGCACUAAAUCCUGAGGGUGAAGCAACCAGGCCACAUAACUUUUCAAAAGCAUUUUCAUCAUCAAGUUGGUUGAAUGGACCAGCAUUUUUAAGAGAUUUUAAAACAAGUUGGCCAAAACUCCCUGAUGAUAUUGAUGAACAUGAAUGUCAAGCGGAGAGGAGAUCCAAACUUUUUUUGUACUGUAAGUGACAAAUCAAUCAUUCCAUUCGAGAGGUAUUCAAACUUUUAUAAACUGGUCAGAGUUAUGUGUUGGGUUCGACGAGCGGUGAGAAUGUUUAAGUCGUAUGGCGCCGUUCGAAAAGAAAUAGCUGUAAAUUUUGGACGUCAACUAAGUGCUAAAGAUAUUAAUAAUACUACUGACUUUUUGUGUAAAAUGGUUAAAAGAGAAGUUUUCUCAGAGGAGUACAAUCAAUUGAGAAUGAAUAAACCGCUAUCUAAGUCUAGCUCCAUUUUUAAAUUGACUCCGUUUUUAAGCAAAGAUGGCUUAAUUUAUUUGUGUGGUUGUAUCUACAAUACCACUUGUGUUGUUCGUAGUACGCUUAUUGUAAAGCAAUAUCAUGAACAAUUUAGACACCAAAACCACGAGUCGAUCUGCGCCGCAAUCAGAGUAAAGUUUUGGAUCCCGUGUCUGCGGCAAUUAGUAAGGUCCGCUAAAAGGAAUUGCCAAAGCGAUGGGUAUCUUUAUUUACAUGUCUAACAACCCGAGUGGCCUCCGGUAGGUUAGUGGUUAGUGUUCUAGUCUGGUAGACCGGAGGUGGUGGGUUCGAUUCCCACCUGAGGCACUGGUUAAGGAGCGCACAACAGGCCCGAUAGAGGCCUAGGUGUAUUUCUUCGGAUUUGAUGUAUAUACAUCCUCCUUUCAAACUAACUAACGAACAACCCGAGCAAUUCAUCUUGAAAUUGCAAAAGAUUUGUCAACUGAUGCAGUGAUAUUGUGUAUACGAAAUUUUGUCAACCGAAGAGGCUUGCCUGUGCGUAUAAGAAGUGACAGCGGCACAAACAUUGUGGGUGCAAGCAAGGAGAAGUUUAUUUUCGAUGAUGCAAAAAUAAUAGAUGAGUGUUCACAGCGUGGUAUAUAAUGGCUGUUUAACACCCUAGUAAAUCCAUCAGCUGGCGGAGCAUGGGCGCGAAUGGUGCGUUCGGUUAAAAGUGUAUUGGCUUUCACAUUAAAGGAAAAGGCUCCUCAAUUUGAAACCUUUCACAGUUUAUUAAUAGAGGAGGAAAAUUUGACAUCCAAUCAUUUUUUGAUUGGAUGCCCGAAUAUAGUACAAACGCCUGCUGUGCCAGAAAACAAUGGCAUAUACUACAGUAGUUAAAACAAACUUUUUGGAAAAGAUGGAUACAAAAGUAUCUCCUUGAGUUAACUCGUUGGACAAAGUGGCACCAGCCAGUUAAGCCAAUUCAGACCGGUGAUGUGGUUAUAAUAUGUGAUGAUAGUGAAAUCUGUGGGCAAUGUAAAAGAGGUGUGGUGGAGGAGGUGUUCCUGGCAGCAGAUGCGCGGUGGUGAGAACAACAAUUGGCAAUUAAGACGUCCGGCAUCGAAAUUGGCAGUACUGGAUGUUAGAAGAGAGUCUCCCUGGUCGACAUACGGGCCGGGAUGUUAUGCAUUGAUUUUUAUAUUUGAAUUUAAAUUUUGUAACUGUAUUCUAUGUUUUGAAACAGUGAUGUAUUCGAAUAAUAUGUGUUUUGUUUACGUAUUUUUAUUGAAGUAAUUGUAAGGUUCGAAUAUUUUUUAUGGUAAUCGCUUGGGUGCACAAAAUGCACAAUCACCAUUUUAUGUUAGUUUUCUGAAGAAGAUUAAAUAGAAUAAG